ACCGACUCUCAACCUUGUCUGAAUUUUGAGAUCUUAUUCAUAAUUUGUGAUAGGAACCAUCUAACAUGCAAACAUCCACAAUUAGAUCGGUCGCGAUCAUUGGCGCUGGUGCAGCAGGUGCAGCGGCCGCAGUUGCCUUCGCAGCAGAAGAAUACUUUGAGAAAAUACGGGUAUUUGAAAGGAGGGAAAGCGCCGGUGGAACUUGGAUAUAUGAUCCAGAUCCAAGUCCAACAAUCAAACCUCAGCCAGGAAAGUUACCGCCGGAUCACGAUCUGCCAUUAAACAUCCCCAAACAUUUACCGACGACUAGAGAACACUCGUAUCAGGAGCGAUAUGAAAAGACUCCAAUAUAUAAUGAACUAACGACCAAUGUCCCUGCCAUAGCAAUGUCAUUGUCGGAUAUGCCGUUUCCUUAUGGUCCAUUUGUACCGCAUCAUGUACCAAAGCAGUACAUAGAAAACUACUUCUCAACGCAUGAAGUUGAUAAGUAUCUGGUACUUAACACAACUGUCGAAGAUGUGUCGCGUGAUUAUGACCGGUGGCUAUUGACUUUACGACAAUACCAUGCUGCUGAGCAGGUCGAUCACUGGUGGAAGGAGGAAUUUGACGCGGUUAUUCUUGCAAAUGGGCAUUAUAGUGUUCCUUAUAUCCCAGCCGUGGAAGGUCUUGAGGCUUACGUCGAAAAAUAUCCUGACCGAGUGAUACACUCGAAGUCGUAUCGCUCAGCAGAAAACUUCCGGGGUCGAAAGGUUCUAGUGAUUGGGAACUCGGCUUCUGGACACGACAUCACAUUGGGUGCUGUGAAAACCGCUAGCCUCCCAGUUUAUCAAUCUCGACGUUCGUCCUCGCACUGGGAUGGUAACAAGCCUGAUCCAGGGAUUGUGUGGAAGCCAACCGUGAAAGAAUACUUACCUACAGGAGAAAUCAUAUUUGAAGACGGAACUGUUCUGGACGAUGUCGAUGUGGUGAUUUAUUGCACGGGAUAUAAGGCUUCCUUUCCGUUCUGGAAUGCGAGCGCGAACGGAGGUCCAAUUUUCGACUACAAACAAGACCGCCUUAUCGGAAAUUAUCUGCACACAUUUUUGAUAGAUCAACCAUCACUUGGAAUUGUUGGAAUUCCUCGGACACUGACCUUUCGAAGUUUUAAUUACCAAGCUAUAGCUCUUGCUAGGGUCUUCUCUGGACGCAAUGCACGACCGUUGCCUACAAAGGCCAAACAGCGGGAAUGGGAAGCCCAAAGAUGGGAGUUCGUCCAUAGUAAACAUCGUAAAUUCCACGAUAUAUCAUGGGAUGAUGGCGAAACAAUGAACUAUUUUCGAGAGCUGUAUGAAAUCGCUGGUCUACCACGCAUCGAGGGGCAGGGUUCGACCCCACCUGUUAUGGACGCUGCAACGAGGUGGGCAAUUGAAAAUGUAAAAAAAUACCCAGCUCAUGGAGAUGACGAAGGAGAAGGGCAUUCAAGCAAGCUUGGAGACAGUUGGGCCGUUGUUGAGAGGCGCCAUUGUCGGGAUAGUUUACACUUCAUAUGAGAACAAAGCGUAUAUAAAUGAACCAUGCCUCUCAACCUAAGGAUAUACAUAGGGAUUGAAAUGACGAAUGAAUCAAAAGUUCAGUUCCACAUACGACAAAAGUCGUACUAAGUGGUUCGAAGGCAAACCUUGGUCGUGUAUUACUUGUAUUGACCCUAAAUCUCAGAUCCGGAUUCUCAUUCACCAGAUAUACGGAUUUCAAUGUUAUGUCGCUUGAUGGAAAGUAA